CGCGCCUACUUCCUUAGCAACGUGUAUCUGAACCAGGAAGUACUCUUCCCCUUCGAGCUACAUGGCUAUGGAUAGCGCAUACAGGCCAUGACGCUUGUCAAGCUAUGCAGGGGUGAUGGAAGAUCUAAUCACCUGUGUUGAGGAGCAGCCGCAACCGCCUUCCUCUCUUCCAAACUCAUGGACCAAUCAGCACUCAGACUCAGCUCAGAGGACAGACGAAGAGCCCAAAGCUGUCGGUGGAUUUGUAUUAGUACACGCUGGGGCCGGAUACCAUUCUGAGUCAAAGGCCAAGGAGUACAAACAUGUCUGCAAAAGGGCUUGCCAGAGAGCCGUGGAGAGGCUCCGGGCCGGGGCACUGGCCAUGGAGGCCGUCGCGGCAGCGCUGGUGGAACUGGAGGACUCUCCCUUCACCAACGCCGGGAUGGGCUCCAACCUGAACCUCUCCGGGGAGAUCGAGUGCGACGCCAGCAUCAUGGACGGCAAGUCGCUGCACUACGGCUCCGUGGGCGCCAUACGAGGAAUAAAGAACCCCGUCCUGGUGGCCCACCGCCUGCUGAGCGAGGCCCAGAAAGGGAAGCUAUCGGCAGGCAGAAUCCCACCCUGCUUCCUGGUGGGGAGGGGAGCGCACGACUGGGCCGUUGCUCACGGGAUUCCCCCCUGCCCCGCGGAGAAAAUGGCCACAAAGUUCAGUUUGUCGGCCUACAAGAGGAACAAGCGAAAGAUGGAGAUUGCCGAGAAGAUGGACACACCGGAGAACCCGAUGAAGAGAAGGCGACAGUCCAGUGAGACUGAGAACGGCUCUGAGUGUCUUGACACCGUGGGGGCCAUCGUGGUGGACCAGGAGGGAAACGUGGCUUCAGCCGUCUCCAGCGGCGGGCUGGCUAUGAAACACCCCGGCAGGGUGGGCCAGGCCGCUCAUUACGGAUGUGGCUGCUGGGCCCAGAACAGCUGUAACUCAAACCCUUACUCCACAGCAGUGAGUACCUCAGGCUGCGGGGAGCAUCUGAUCCGCACUAUGCUGGCGCGGGAGUGCUCCGUCGCCCUGCAGGCUGAAGACGCUCACCAGGCUCUGCUGGACGCUAUGCAAAACCAGUUCAUCAGCUCCCCCUUCCUAGCCAGCGAGGACCGUGUGUUGGGUGGGGUGAUUGUGCUCCGAUGCUGCCGCUGCGAGGAAGACCCGCCGUCCCAAGACCUCCAGGCCUCUCUGGUGGAGUUCCUGUGGAGCCAUAGCACGGAGAGCAUGUGCGUGGGCUACAUGUCAGCCCAGGACAGCCGGGCCAAGACCCACAUCUCCAGGCUGCCCCCAGGUGCGGUGCCAGGCCACUCCCUGGCCAUCGAGGGGGGGGUGUGUCGGCUGACCAGCGGCGCCCAGGCUGGCCCGUAGCGCUGGCGGCAGUGGUGUCGCAAUAUGAAUGAUGUACACACUCUAGUUCACACAGGCACUGCAGCACACAUAAACCAACGCACACACACGCACACAUAAACCAACGCACACAUAAACCAACGCAAACGCGCACAUAAACCAGCGCAAACACACACACACACACAUAAACCAAUGCACACACACACAUUAACCAACGCGCACCCACACACAGACAUAGUCACAUUCACAUACAUUCACGCACAUAAAACGGACACAGCCCCCCCCCCCCAGACAUAAACAGACAUACACACACAAACGGACACGCACACACAUACCCAGACACAUAAAUGCACACCCACACGCUCACACAUAGACGCACGCAUAGAUGCGCACACACGCAGACAUGCGCAUCCUUUAACCCCACUUCCUUCCUUUAAAGCCGAGCCCCGUAGGAAGAGGGACUUAUAAGCUUUAGUAGUUCCCCGCCCACAGGUGUCCAAUGAGAAGGACGGCCACCUAUCUUCCUCCAGCAUGUACUCUAUGCCAAGCCCCCCACCCACAACCCACACCAAGCCCCACGCUCCAACCACAACCCCACCCAGCACCCCCACCCCCCAGCAUUAUGGUCUUACCUGGAUAGGACCCGAUGCCUCAUGCUCUUUCCCUCACCCAUCUCUUGUUAUUGUCUUUAUAUUUUAUAGCUUUUCUUUUUGUACUUCAUGCCCCGUCCUUACAAUUGUAUUUAAGCUACUAUUUAGGAAAAACAGGGUGGAUGUCCGUGACGUUUUAUUUCAUUUUUUUUAUAUUGCUCCACAGAUGUUUUUAAGAAUGUACUUGAGAAUAUAAAGACGGUUUGUCUAAAAGAACCUUCAAAAGGACGUUGGAACCGCAUGUUGUAUGGAACCCAAACGGGGCCAUUUAAAAGACCCCUUCCUGGUGCUUCUAGCUAUGCACUCGACAUCUUGACCUGAACCUUGUUGCGUGCAUCUUGACCACAAUUAUAACAAGUGGACAACCAUCCCAGCCUUACGAUUCCACACAUUUGCCAAAUUCUUCUCUUUGUUUAACAAUGGCUGGUUACAGCGAGGAGCCAAUAUGCUUGGAGUCACGCGAGUCAAAUAAAUAGUCCAUUGUUAAAAAAGAAAAUAUAUACAAAUAAAUAAAAUGGAAGCUAUGCACUUCCCUCUGUGAUGCAGUUGCCGCAGUGCUCAGGUAGCUUUAGUCUGUAAAACCCUCAUCAUCAAACACGACUGUUAAACACCAUUAGAGAAUACAAAUAAAAAAACGGUUUAUAUUUGUACAUUCACCUUGACAGAGUCACAUAUUUUCUUGUUAAGAGAAAAAAAGAUGGCAGUUGAUGCAAAUUAUUGUAUGGGUUUGUUUACGCCCAUGAAAUGGUGCUAAGGACUGUUGGGAGAGUCGUUGUAAACGGAUGCCUCCAUUUUGUUUUCUGGAACAGUUGUUUUGUUGUUUAUCUUCUUCCCUUUGUGUUUGUUUCUUUAUCUAAGCUAGUAAUAACGCCAGUAUGGAAUAAAUACUAUAAUACAGCUAUAUUCUAUCUCUACUUGAAAUACGUUUUAAUAUAAAAGGAUGCCAUAAGCUAUUGAAAUACAUUAAUGUAUGCACCGCUUUCUAGAGUGCCCGGAAAAGCUAAUAAAAGAUGUUGCAGAGUC